GGCAGGAGUGGGUGGGUCUUACAGCGUCUCUCUCGUGUUGCUGCGGUCAUCCAUAAUUCCGUUCCAGGAUCAGCUCUUCGAAUUCGGUGCAAAGAUUAAUGAAGCAUGAGGCAAGACAAUAAACUGACCCGAAGUCUACUUCACUGUUAGUACGGGUCACGCGUCGAAACGUCCAAAUGUCCAUGCGGUUACCGUGUUAUUGAACACCGUGACAGAAGCGUCGCUUGGUGCUUCCAACGCGUUGCCUCUAUUGCGUUUAUAUCAUCGACGCGAAGUUAUAAACACCGAUUUUGUGCGUUUGGUGACACGUUGAUAGUGAACAGAUUCUCUUAUUGAAUGCGAGGCUCUGGGGAACUUGUAUGUGCGGUAAUAACAUGUCAGCCCCGCUGCCAGCGAUCGUGCCUGCAGCGCGUAAAGCUACGGCUGCGGUGAUUUUCCUCCAUGGUCUGGGUGACACGGGGCAUGGAUGGGCUGAAGCUAUGGCCGGGAUCAGGACCCCUCACAUCAAGUACAUUUGCCCUCAUUCACCAGUCAUGCCCGUCAGCCUCAAUAUGAACAUGGCAAUGCCAUCCUGGUUUGAUAUAAUUGGACUCGGUCCUGAUGCAGAGGAAGAUGAAUCGGGAAUUAAAAAAGCUGCCGAAAGCAUCAAAGCGCUGAUUGAUCAAGAGGUGAAGAAUGGAAUACCUUCUCAUAGGAUUGUCCUGGGAGGAUUCUCUCAGGGUGGUGCUCUCUCUCUCUACACGGCUUUAAGCACCCAUCAGAAGUUGGCGGGUGUGAUCGCCCUCAGCUGCUGGUUGCCCCUCAGGAACUCCCUCUCGCAGUCAGUGAUCAGCAGUAAUAAGGACAUACCGGUGCUGCAGUGUCACGGUGAUGCCGAUCCACUGGUUCCACUUAUUUUUGGCUGUCUCACUGUGGAGAAACUCAAAACCAUGCUGAACCCCACCAAUAUCACAUUCAAAACAUAUCCCAGGAUGCCUCACAGCGCCUGUCCGGAGGAAAUGAUGGACAUCAAACAGUUUAUUGAGAAGCAGCUUCCCCCCAUAAAGUAAUCGAUAAUCUAUAAUUGGCCGUUCGUUGACAUCGAGCUGCCGCGCGUCUUCAUCUGACUGAAUUCUGCCAAGUACUUCCAAACCCAGCUUGAACUGAGCUCAAAACUGGAACCAAGGAACUGUACUGUACUGAGCUACGCUAGUGUACGUCUGUAGGAGAACUGCACGCUUUUACUAUAGUAAACUGUGUAAUAUUUGACUCGGGCUAAUGAUCGGUUGUUAUAUAUCCUAAAAGUUUCCACAGCAAUGGCAAGACUUAUUUUCUUUGGUUAACAUUGUGAGGCAUUACGUGAUGUCAACACCCAUGUGUACUUGGGUGAAAGGGCUCCUCAAAUCGAGUUGGAAUAAAACAAACAU